AAUGGAAGCAGUGAACGGCAAGCACGUGUAUCCGGAAGGCCGGCAUCCUCCAUGGGGGGCAAGCUGACUCAGCCGACCAGUUUUUCACUCGAAUUUUCACUUGAUUGCCAGAUUGUUCAGGCUUUCUAUAGUUCUCUCCCAAAUCAACUGCUUGGCAAAAACCGGGUCGGACUUUUUUUGUUUGGGACCUUUUCUACCGACCCUCGACUCGCCUUCCUCCUUCUCUCUCUUCCUUUCCUUUCCUCUUCUCUUUCUCUUUCUCUUCCUUUCUCAUCCACCUUCUACCCACAACAACUCUCGGUUUUUUGUCAACCCACCUUUUAUCCAAAUUUCCGUCGGCGUUUAACGCUGCUGUCCCGUUACAUCUUCCUUCAGGCGCUCAUUUCUGCCUGCUGGUUUCUACCUCACGUUUUGUUCACGUCCAAGCCACUCUGGUUAGUCCCACUGCCACUCACUCACCCUCUCCUUCAUCUCCCUCCUCUUCCUCCUCCUUACACGAUUACGAAUCUGACCCGUCCUCUUUCUUUCGUCCUACAGAAGAACCACCCGUUGGUUUCUCUCUUUCCUGCCAGAGAAAGCCACUGAAAAUAGAGUCGGUCGAGAACUUGUCUAUGUAUUCGUCCUGCGUCAGAGAUUUCGAUCACCACCUGCCGCUCAAGCUGCAAUCGUUUCGCUUCACGUCGAAACCUUGUAGUAGACAUUCCAAGUCCUGUGGCUGAAAGCUUUUGGGCUGCCGUCUUCGCUGUGACC